AUGCCACUUUUGCCUUCAGUAUGGCAGACUUUCAUUAAACAAGGAACAAAGCAAGAAGAGGCAAUUGAUCCAGCUAUGGAGAACCUGAAAUUGGUAGAAGAGCAGCUGAAGGGGAAGAUUUUCUUUGGUGGAGAGAAAAUUGAUUUUCUGGAUCUAGCAUUUGGUUGGAUAGCUAAUUUCAUUAGUGUCCUACAAGAGGUAACUGGUCAAAAGGUGAUUGACUCGGAGAAAUUUCCACUUUUAUCAGCAUGGAUGGAGAAGUUUUCAGAUGAUCCAGUAAUCAAUGAAUGCGGGCAACCUCGAGAUAGGUUAAGUACUAAGUUCAAAGCAAUGCUAUGGCAGACUUUCAUUAAACAAGGAACAAAGCAAGAAGAGGCAAUUGAUCCGGCUAUGGAGAACCUGAAAUUGGUAGAAGAGCAGCUGAAGGGGAAGAUUUUCUUUGGUGGAGAGAAAAUUGAUUUUCUGGAUCUAGCAUUUGGUUGGAUAGCUAAUUUCAUUAGUGUCCUACAAGAGGUAACUGGUCAAAAGGUGAUUGACUCGGAGAAAUUUCCACUUUUAUCAGCAUGGAUGGAGAAGUUUUCAGAUGAUCCAGUAAUCAAUGAAUGCGGGCAACCUCGAGAUAGGUUAAGUACUAAGUUCAAAGCAAUGCGUGAGGCAUGCCUCGCAGCGGCUACACCUAAAUGA